ACAACAGAGUGAGAGAUCAAAGCUAAAGUCACAAACUUGAGAGAGGAUUCAACGAUUGACUUCACAACUGAUUUGUUAUUAUUGUCUUUCCCUCCCACGAAAACUGAAGAAGAAAAAUAAGAGAAGAAACCCAAAAGGUAUGCAAUUGGAGAUUGUGUGGUUGGUUAGAUUCGCUUGGAUCACUGUUUGGAUCGUCUCUAUACUUCCUUUGCUGAUUGCUUCAAUACCCACUUCAAAGCUUGACUCUUUUCGUGAACUCGUUUUGAGUCUCGCUGGUAGAGGCAAGAUACUUCACCCCUCGUCACAGAAGUUUACAAUUCCUCAGAAAUGCUUUGCUCACUUUUAUGUUAUUGGAGUGGUGUGGACGACUCUCCUGCUUGCUGCAACUUGGCUGUAUGCUUGCGAAAUGGCGCCUUUAUCUUCCGAGGAGUUCCAGUUAUCCGACAUUGCAAGCCAUUUAACCGGAGGUUCCCAUGUUUUCUCCUUUCAUAAAUCUCAUAUGACUCCUGUUGAGCAUCGGUUUAAAGUGUGGCGAGCGGUGUUUCUACUUAUUCUGAUGGAGAUACAUGUCUUGAGACGGCUUAUAGAGUCAAUCUAUGUAUUCAAAUAUAGCCCUACCGCUCGGAUGCACAUUCUCGGUUAUUUUGCUGGAUUGUUUUUCUAUGUAACAGCGCCUUUGUCACUCUGCUCCAACAUUGCUCCAGAGGUAGCAAGAUUCGUCGGGAAUCAAGUGGCUGAGUUCAUUGCGAAUGGGAAAAGCCAUACUUCAGCACCUGAAAUAAAUUUGAUAUUUUGUAUAAGCCCUUUGAUGAAGCUUGGAUAUCCCCAGUUGAUUGGUGGAGUUAUUUUUCUAUGGGGAUGGAUACAUCAGCGCCGCUGUCACGCCAUUCUUGGAUCACUUCGGGAGAAUCCGAGCCAAGCGAGAGAGUAUAUAAUUCCGUAUGGAGAUUGGUUUGGGAUAGUCUCUUGUCCGCAUUUCUUGGCAGAAAUCGUUUCAUAUGCGGGCUUACUGAUCGCGAGUGGAGGAACAGACAUAAGCAUAUGGUUACUCUUUGGAUUCGUGGCUGCUAAUCUGACAUACGCAGCUGGAGAAACACACCGCUGGUAUCUCCGGAAGUUUGAGAAUUAUCCGACUAACCGGGAUGCCAUUUUCCCUCAUGUCUACUAAAUGGUUAAGAGAUAGACCACAGCUUAGCCAAGUUUGUACAAUGGUUGAAUUUUCAUGUUUCUGUAAAUGAUAACUUCUGAACAUCUUUGUUGCCUUUUGUGGUGUUGUUGUUUUCAUCGUUUCAAGAAUGUCUUUAACACAAACAAGAGUAUCCUACAGUUUGUUAUAUUAUUCGUAAUGAGCACUUUUUUUUCGAUU